GCCAUCGCCACGGUGAUGAAGUGGAAGACGGUGUCGGCCAUUUUCCUCCUGGUGGUUCUCUACCUGGUGGUGGGAGCUGCCGUGUUCAGGGCCCUGGAACAACCCCACGAGAGUGCUCAGCGCCUGGCCAUCUUGAAUCAGAAACUAGAGUUCCUCUCCACACACACCUGUGUCAACCACAGCCAGCUGGAGGAACUGGUCAAGCAAGUGGUGUCAGCGAUCCGUUCAGGGGUGAACCCAGCAGGGACUCUGACCAAUCACAGCAGCCUCUGGGACCUAAGCUCCUCCUUCUUCUUCGCGGGGACCGUCAUCACUACCAUCGGUUUUGGGAACAUCUCCCCCCAUACGGAGGGUGGGCGUAUCUUCUGUAUCAUCUAUGCCCUGCUGGGGAUCCCUCUGUUUGGCUUCCUACUGGCUGGAGUAGGAGACCAACUGGGAACCAUCUUUGGGAAGGCCACCGCCAGGGUCGAGAAGAUGUUCGUGCAGUGGGAUGUUAGUCAGACUAAGAUCCGUGUCAUCUCCACUGUUCUCUUCAUCCUGUUUGGCUGUCUGCUCUUCGUGGCGCUGCCGGCGGCCAUCUUUAAACACAUUGAGGUCUGGAGCGCUCUGGAGUCCCUCUACUUUGUCGUUAUCACAUUGACAACCAUUGGUUUCGGGGACUUUGUCGCAGGUGGUUCAGAGAUUGAGUAUCUGGACUACUACAAGCCUGUGGUGUGGUUCUGGAUCCUGGUGGGGCUGGCGUACUUCGCUGCUGUUCUCAGCAUGAUAGGAGACUGGCUCAGAGUCAUCUCUAAGAAGACCAAAGAGGAGGUAGGGGAGAUCAGGGCUCAUGCAGCAGAGUGGACGGCUAAUGUCUCGGCAGAGUUCAAGGAGACCAGACGUCGCCUCAGUGUCGAGGUCUACGACAAGUUCCAGCGGGCCGCAUCAAUCAAACGCAAACUGUCGACCGAUCUGGGCUUAAACUCCACCCCCGAGCUUAACCCACCCAAGAGGAUGCUGUCCGUCAACUUCACAGAUGAACGGGAUCGGGAGAGAGAGACGAUGUUCCCGCAUAUGGCCAAAAAUGGAAGUAUUUUUCCAAACGGGCUAGGGGCGGAGCCUAGGAGAGGUGACGUGGCUAUUAUAGAACACCUCAAGUAGAGGUCACAAACUUUCACCUCUGACCUCUGACCCUGCUUCAGCACAAGCCACACCCACCUGGUUACAAAAACCAAUGGCAGCCAUCUUUCAGCACAGGGUGGAUGACGUCAUCAAUUAACAGCUGCCCUGAUGACUAUAUAACUAUAUAACUAUAUGACACUAAAAUUAUGAAGCAGUUUGAUUAUGAACUACAACAAAAUCACAACAUGAAUUAUGAACUGUGAACUAUGAACAUAUCUUUAUGGAUCUGAAUGGAAGAGUUACAUUUGGGGAGUACAUGUAAGGUCAGGGCAAAUCUGA